GGGGCGAAAUUAGGGCUCCAAACUAUCGCGAUUCCAUAGAAUGUCCGCCACUCAUGAAACCUCCUCUCAGUUCGACAUCUCAGACCAUGAAAAGGACAAAUUGGUGGGAGAAGUGAUCCGGUACAUCCUGUUCAAAACCGAGCAAAGUUCAGGUUGUCCGAUAAGAAGGGAAGAUUUAACUCAGCUGAUCACAAGUAAAGGCUAUAAGCAGAGGAAUUUGCCCGCAUUUGUAAUCAACGAGGCCAAAUCCAAACUCUCCUCCAUUUUCGGCUAUGAAUUGAGAGAGCUUCACCGCUCUCGCCCUUCCGCUUCUUCUAAAUCUACCCGCGCUUCACAAUCCCACCUCUCUACCGGUGAUGCAAAAUCGUAUAUAAUCAUAAGUCAGUUACCUGCUGAUAUCUAUAAAAAGUUUGUGGAGGACGCAAGUUCGUCACACGUGACCGGUUUAACUUUUGUAGUUAUCGGAAUUAUUCAUCUAGGCGGAGGCAAAAUCACGGAAGAGAAUCUUUGGCAUCAUCUGAAGCGAUUGGGAGUGCAUGAAAACGACGAAAGCCAUCCGAAUUUUGCAAACACGAAACUGGCUGUAGAAGCACUUGUCCAGCAGAGAUAUUUGCAGAAAGAAAAAGUUAAUGGCCCCGAAGGUAGCGCUGUAUAUUACGAGCUUGCUGAGAGAGCUUUAGAUCCAGAAAUUAAUGACAGAAUCAAAGAAUAUGUAACUAAGAUUGUGCAAAAAGACGCCACCUCGUUGGAGGCUGACUAAACGGGCCAGUUUGUUUAUUUGUCUGUUGUCUUUGGUGCCAAAUUGUGCAAAAAGGCGCAAUUUUUUUAUUUUUCUUUUGUGUUCUUUUAUUUUCUUGAUGGCGUGCGUAUUUUGUUAUGAAGAAUACGCACGCCAUCUUUUUGUUUGUGGAUCAGAAACUGAUGUGAUUUUAUUUCUUUCAGACGAGUCGCAACUGCGUGCGUGGAAA